AUGGCGUCUUUGUCGUGUCAGACUGUCCAGUGCGGCAAACAGUCCGCGGUGGAGGAGACCGAUCUGGUCGUGACAAAGGGAGGAAGAAGAAAUACGUUUGUCCCGAUUGCGACCGCAAGAUUCAGGAAGAGCCACGUGUACAGGAGUCAAGUGACAAGGAAUCACAACAUGGCGUCGCCGGAGACGCCGCUGAAGUGUCCUCAGUGCGGCCGCACGUACAAGAUGAAGCGGAACCUGAACACUCACAUGAGGUUCGAGUGCGGCGGCCAGAGGAACUUCACGUGUCACAUCUGCCCGGCGAAAUACACGCAGAAUAUCGGCCUUCGCCGGCAUUUACUCCAGAAACACAAUACCUAUCUGCCGCCGAAAUUCUCCGUCCCCAAACAGUCAGCCGCUGCCCGAGGCUCGAGGAACGGCUACUUCAGGAACACGGAAGCGUUCACGUGCCACCAGUGCGGCAGGUCGUAUCAGAUGCGGCACAAUCUGGUGAAACACUUGCGAUUCGAGUGCGGCGGACACAAGCACUUCGCGUGCAGCUUGUGCCCGGCCAGGUACACGCAAAACGGGAAGCUCAGGCAGCACAUGCUGAACGCACACAACAUCUUUAAAAAAAUACCUCCCCUUAAGAAGAAAGAGCAGAGUUUCUGCGAGAGGUAUGCGGUGACCGAUUUCUCUUCCAUGAAGAUCCCGCUGGUAGAGGCAAUGGACGUCACUGAAGAUAGGGAGUUUCAAUGCUUGACGUGCGGUAAAAAGUACUCGCUGAAGCACAACCUGACGAGGCACAUCCGAUACGAGUGCGGCGGCCAGCGAAGGUUCUCCUGCGUCCUCUGCCCGAAGAAGUACACGCAGAACACGACGCUUCAGAAACACCUGAUUCGAUACCACAACAUCUUGGUGCCUCAGAGAAGAUACAUCCCGCGGUUUAGAACACACCACGAUCCUCUAUCGAAUGUCGAGAACUAA